AUGUCAGACAAGCUGACGCCUCGAAGCGCAGCGCAGACAUUGCAGGGCUAUCAGGACAAUCACCAGAUAGAGCUUUUCAUGCAGGAGAUGCUAAGCGUGGUCUGUGCGCUGUUACCGGAUGACCCUUACGAGUUCAUGACGAACCAUGUCGCGUCCAACCGUCCCGCCCCACCUCCGCCGGAGAGCGGCCAACUGGGCAGUGGCGCGUUGUGGGUACUACUCCCGGGUGGAGAUCCACAGUGUGCAGAACACUGGAGAUUGCGGCGCUGUUGGCUGACGAGCAGAGGCACACUCUGCGUCAGCACAGCUCCAGCCACAGUCCAGCAGGAUGGCAGCAAGUUGAUGUACCGGGCGCCCGACAACAAGGCGCCGACGAGUUUUCCUGUGGACGUGGGAAGCUCCUAUGGUGAGCUUUCGGAGGAUGAGGCUGCCCGGCCCUUCGGCUUCCAGGUGAAGAACAAGGGCUCCAGCCUGUUCCUGGCGGCCGGUUCGGAAGAGCAGCGGGAUGAGUGGUUCAACCUUCUUGGCCACUUCUCAGACCCCGAUCGCCGAAAGGGGCCGCCACCAGCUGUUGGAAAGAUCCUGUCCCCACGUGCCGAAGGACUUGGGGGCACGCAGGUGGUGGACGAAAUCGGCCCGACGGACAUCCCAAUGCCAGGUCCCAAACCAAGCCACAAGGAGGCCGACUCCGCUGGCGUGCUGAAGCCAAUCUUGAAGUCAAAGCCAUCGACCACCACCAAUGCGCCGGUGCCGGCCAUCCGAAUCCCGCGGCGGAUGCCCUCG